AUGGCUCCUUCGAACUCCUGGGAGGAGUUUGAUGAAAAGGGUCUCAGUCGGUACUCUGCCAAAUCGUCGCCGGCAGGACGGCUGCGUUCUCGCCCCUCUGUCUUUUGCGACGAGCGGGCCUUUGCUGCCACCGACUCAACGGCGUGGCGGCGCGCGAGCGAAUCGGCAUUCACCAACUCGGGGCCCGCCGAAAGUUCAGGCUCGGGGCGCCGCCUCCCCCCACUCACCGAGAGCUUGCCUGAGCCUUCGGCGGGGACGGUGAUGCAGCAGAAGGCGGCCACAAAGCUGCAGGCCGCGACGCGCGGCUCGUUCUCGCGGGCCGAAGCCUCCUGGCGCACGACGAUCGCGCUGGUCAGCGCGCCGGUCGGCUCGAACGAGGUGGAGUGGGCGUCUCUCGGCCCGAUGAAGCGUCUCGGCGCAGGCGAGUUUUGCGUCGCCUCCGCCUGCUCGCUCGACGGCGCGCCGUGCGCCGUCAAGACGCUGCGACCCGAAAAGGAGAAGGUCGAGGUGGCGGUGGCGGACUUGCUGAGGGAGUCCUCCCUGCUCUCGCGGCUGCACCACCCACACAUCAUCCGCGCUCUCGGGUUCGGCACCCGCCCAGCCGCCGGCUCCCAGGCGGGCGGGGCCCUGGUCCCCUUCCUCUGCCUCGAGCUCCUCUCGGCCUCCCUCUCGGCGUCGCUACCGCCGGACGCCUUCACCGCCACCGCCCUCGCCCGCAAGCGCGGCGUCAAGGCGUGGCCGGUGCGGCGUGCGAUCGACGUGGGCCGGCAGAUCGCCAGCGCGCUCCGCCACUGCCACAACAGCUUCCUGCCCGGCUAUCGGCUGCUGCACCGCGACCUCAAGCCGGACAACGUCGGCUUUGCCUCGGACGGGCGGGCGGUGCUGCUUGACUUUGGGCUCUGCAAGCUGUGGCAGGUAAGCAAGCGGCGCGACGGACCCAGCGACGGCCGAAAGAUGACUGGCCAGACAGGAUCGCUCCGCUACAUGGCGCCCGAGGUUGCGCUCUGCAAGCCGUACGACCACACGGCGGACGUCUUCUCGUGGGCGUCGCUUCUCUACGAGAUGGCGGCGCACAAGAAGCCGUACUAUGCGAUGGACGCGCAGGCCUACAUCUCGCAGGUCUGCAACGGCGGGUACCGUUGCGAGCUACCCGCUGCUAUCAAGGCCAUCCCCGACGUGGCGGCGCUCCUCUCGGCCUGCUGGUCGACCUCCCCGUCUCGGCGCCCAGACUUCGCGCAGGUCGUGCCGGUGCUCGAGGCGGCGCUCGCCGCUCUGCCGGCCGCGGCAGACGCGCAGCAGGAGGGCGUGGCCGGCGCCAAGGAGGGCUGCAGCUGCGUCUUGGCAUAG